AAAAACAGAAAUAAAAAAUGAAAAACCGCCCCGCGGCCUCGUCACGGUCUCCUCCACCCCCUUCCUGCAGGCGCGUCUCCACCGGGAGAUCCGGCGGGCUGCGAGCCGGAGGCCCUCGCCUCCUUCCCUGGCUUGCUCGCGGCGGCGGGCCGCGCCGACGCGUCUCCCUCGGCUCGUGGCGGCGCCGCCCCCCUGAUCCUCGCGGCCGCGUCUCGGCGCGCCUCCACGGCUCCACCGGUUUCCGGUCGGGGUCGGGUAUCUCCACGCGCAGCCUCGCGCGGCUACUCCGGCAAGGCAUCCUGUCUGUCCGUCACGGAGCCACUCGUUGGAUUGCAGCCACAGUCACGGUAGCCUCAGCGGCGCCAUCUCCAGCUCCGACAAGCAACGACGACACCGACCUUGCUGCGCUGCGUGCUUUCAAAGCCCAGGUGUCAGACCCCCAUGGCAUCCUUGGCCAUGGCUGGACUGAGAACGUGUCCUUCUGCAGCUGGGUCGGCGUCUCGUGUGGCCGCCGGCACCGGCGGCGCGUCACCGCGCUGGUUCUACCGGGUAUUCCCCUCCAGGGAGAGAUCACCCCCCAUAUUGGUAAUCUCUCGUUCCUCUCCGUCCUCAACCUCAGCAGUACCAAACUCGCCGGCGCCAUCCCGUCGGACCUUGGCAGGUUGGCUCGCUUGCAGUAUCUUCAUCUUGGCGGAAACACCUUAUCUGAUUCUAUCCCGCCCGCCAUAGGAAACCUCACUAAGCUCCGGUUUCUGGACCUGCACGGUAACCAACUGUCAGGCCAAAUCCCGCCGGAGCUGCAAGCUCUGUACAACCUUGUGCAUCUAAGUCUAGGAGCUAAUUACUUGAGUGGCCCCAUACCGAGAUAUCUGUUUAGCAACUCGAGCUUCUUAAGCUAUAUAUACUUUGGAAACAAUAGUUUGUCAGGGCCAAUACCCAACGGGAUUGGCUCCUUGCCCCUCCAGGAUCUUCUUUUGCAGCAAAACCAGCUCUCCGGCUCCUUACCCCCAACAAUCUUCAACAUGUCUCAGCUUGAGCAUCUGUCUAUCGUUGGAAACAACCUGAGUGGACCUCUCCCAGGCGGAAACCAGAGUUUUAACCUGCCCAGGAUUCAGGUGAUGAUACUAUCUGCAAACCAAUUUACGGGCCGAAUUCCGCUUGGAAUUUCGAGAUGCCAAACACUCCAGAUACUUAGUUUGAGCCUAAACCUGUUCGAGGAUCAUGUGCCAGCAUGGCUAGCUACGUUGUCCCAGCUCAACGGCAUCUCUAUAGGCGGUAAUGACCUUACCGGCCCCAUCCCAGGGUCGCUCGGGAAUCUCACCAUGCUCAACCACCUUGACCUAUCAUUCUGUAACCUAAGCGGAAGGAUUCCACAGGAGCUAGGAAAGAUCACUAAGCUUACAUACUUGCACCUCUCUGAAAAUCAGCUCACGGGCCCCUUCCCUGCUUUUGUUGGAAACUUGACAGAAUUGAAUCUUCUGGCAUUAGGAACAAACCUGCUGACUGGACCAGUACCAAUGACCCUUGGGAACCUCAGGUCACUAAUUCGCCUUGAUAUCAGGGAAAAUAACCUGGAAGGGGAGCUCGACUUUCUUGCUGCCCUGUCCAACUGCAGGCAGCUCCAGGUCUUUGACAUAGAAAAGACAUCUUUACGAGGCCCCAUCCCUGUUUCAGUUGGAAACCUCUCUCGCACAUUGGUAGCCUUUGCUGCAGGUGGUUGCAACUUAAGUGGCAGCAUCCCUGCCACAAUAUCGAAUCUAACCGGACUGAAUGCGAUUAGCCUUUAUGGCAACCAAAUAAGCGGUACAAUACCAGAUUCCAUUGCGCUACUGGAGAAUCUGCAAGCAAUCUACCUCUAUAUGAAUAUCAUGUUUGGCCCAGUCCCAACAAAUAUUGGAGCUCUAACAGGUUUGAAUAAAUUAUUCCUGGACAGCAAUAAUUUUUCUGGCUCCAUUCCUAAUAGCAUUAGUAACCUAAGCAUGGUGCAGUACAUAUCGCUGUCAUAUAAUAGGUUCUCAUCGGCCAUACCCAUAGGUUUAUUUAAUCUCAGUUCCCUAGCCCAACUAGAUCUGUCGCAUAACAACCUAUAUGGUGCAUUGCCUUCUGAUCUCAGUCCCUUGAAAGCAAUACAGCUCAUAGAUAUCGCUGACAACCAUUUGUCUGGUAGCCUCCCAAUUUCAUUUGGACAGCUUGGUUUCUUAAUUUCCAUAAAUCUAUCCCACAACACAUUGGACAAUUCGGUUCCAGACUCUUUCAAGGAUUUAGUUAGUCUAGAAACAUUGGACCUAUCUUAUAAUAAUCUUUCAGGUGGAAUACCAAUGUACUUUGCCAACAUAACCUAUCUUUCCACUUUGAACCUGUCCUUCAAUAAUCUACAAGGUCAGAUACCAAAUGGAGGGGUUUUCUCAAACAUCACUUUGCAGUCUCUGAUGGGAAAUGUGGGGCUGUAUGGUGCUCCACGUCUCGGAUUCUCACCAUGUCUGAACAGGUCUCACGCCACUGAUAAACACUACCUGAAGUUUGUACUCCCUAUUGUCACUGUUGCAUUUGGCGCCAUUAUUGUUCUUUGCUCAUGGAUCAUCAUUAGACAGAAAAAUAAAAGGCCAAAUGCUGCAGCCUCUUUUGAUAUGGCUGAUGUGACCAGCCACAGGUUAAUCUCCUACCAAGAAAUCGUUCGUGCCACUGAAAAUUUCAGUGAGGACAAGCUACUCGGAGCUGGAAGUUUUGGCAGAGUUUUCAAGGGUCAACUCGACGAUGGUGUGUUGGUUGCAAUCAAAGUUCUCAACAUGCAGGACCACCAUUCUCUGAGGAGUUUCGAUGCAGAGUGUAAUGUAUUGCGGAUGGCCAGACAUCGCAACUUGAUAAAGAUAUUGAACACGUGUUCCAACUUGGACUUCAGAGCACUGCUGCUUCAGUUCAUGCCCAAUGGUAGCUUGGAGUCAUACUUGCACACCGAAACCGAAGGCAGGCCUUGCACAGGAUCGUUCCUCAAAAGGAUGGAGAUUAUGCUUGGUGUGUCCAUGGCAAUGGAAUAUCUGCAUCAUAGACACUACGAGGUUAUCCUGCACUGUGACUUGAAACCGAGCAAUGUUUUAUUUGAUGAAGAGAUGACUGCACAUGUAGCAGACUUUGGCAUCGCGAAAAUACUUUUAGGGGAUGACAACUCCAUGGUUUCAGCAAGCAUGCCAGGGACAAUCGGGUACAUGGCGCCAGAGUAUGCACUCAUGGGAAAGGCAUCACGGAAGAGCGAUGUGUUUAGCUUUGGCAUCAUGCUUCUUGAAGUCAUCACUGGGAAGAGGCCUACAGACCCCAUGUUCAUUGGAGGCCUGACACUGAGGCAGUGGGUUUCUCAAGCUUAUCCUGAAAAUCUUAUUGACGUCGCAGACGAGAGACUACUACAGGAUGAACAAAUGCGCCUGUGCUUUGAUAACAAGGGCAGCACUUCGUUGGCAUCUUCUUUGACUAGCAUGGGCAGCAAUUUUCUUGAGUCGAUAUUUGAGCUGGGCCUGAUGUGUUCGAGUGAGUCGUCUGAACAGAGGAUGGCAAUGACCGAAGUGGUUGCACGGCUGAACGACAUAAAGAAGAAAUAUUCUGCAUUUAUACAGCGAGUGCAAGUGCGUUGAACUUACAAGAUUUAUCAAUCUGUAUCCGAAACUGUUAAUUUGGCUUGUUAGAGUUAUGCGAAAAGAACCACUGUAUGGUUUGCUAGCAUAUCAGUUAUCAGGCAUGACGCAACAGUGCUGCAAAUUACUAGUACCUCUCAUACUUUUUCUGUAAGGCCAAAGUGUUAGAAUAUUUGAGCCUAGGUUCCUUUUAUUUUUAAUUGGAACCCACAAAAUUCCAUGCCAUGAUAAAUGUUAAAGGGAAUUUGUUUAUGGAGACUAUUAAGUUUUGUUA